CGGGCCCCCGAGCCGCCGCGGCUUCUCGCCUUUCCCGGCCACCCGCCCCCUGCCCCGGGUCCGCGUAUGAAUCUCCUGGACCCCUUCAUGAAGAUGACCGACGAGCAGGAGAAGGGCCUGUCUGGCGCCCCCAGCCCCACAAUGUCCGAGGACUCCGCGGGCUCGCCCUGCCCAUCCGGCUCAGGCUCCGACACGGAGAACACGCGGCCCCAGGAGAACACGUUCCCCAAGGGGGAGCCGGACCUGAAGAAGGAGAGCGAGGAGGACAAGUUCCCGGUGUGCAUCCGUGAGGCGGUCAGCCAGGUGCUCAAGGGCUACGACUGGACGCUCGUGCCCAUGCCAGUGCGCGUCAACGGCUCCAGCAAAAACAAGCCGCACGUCAAGCGGCCCAUGAACGCCUUCAUGGUGUGGGCACAGGCGGCGCGCAGGAAGCUGGCGGACCAGUACCCGCACCUGCACAACGCCGAGCUCAGCAAGACGCUGGGCAAGCUCUGGAGACUGCUGAACGAGAGCGAGAAGCGGCCCUUCGUGGAGGAGGCGGAGCGGCUGCGCGUGCAGCACAAGAAGGACCACCCGGAUUACAAGUACCAGCCGCGGCGGAGGAAGUCGGUGAAGAACGGGCAGGCGGAGGCCGAGGGGGCCACUGAGCAGACGCACAUCUCCCCCAACGCCAUCUUCAAGGCGCUGCAGGCUGACUCGCCGCACUCCUCUUCUGGCAUGAGCGAGGUGCACUCCCCCGGCGAGCACUCCGGGCAAUCCCAGGGCCCACCGACUCCACCCACCACCCCCAAAACCGAUGUACAGCCCGGCAAGGCUGACCUGAAACGAGAGGGGCGCCCCCUGCCAGAGGGGGGCAGACAGCCCCCCAUCGACUUUCGCGACGUGGACAUCGGAGAGUUGAGCAGCGAUGUCAUCUCCAACAUCGAGACCUUCGACGUCAACGAAUUUGACCAGUACCUGCCGCCCAAUGGCCACCCGGGGGUGCCGGCCACCCACGGCCAGGUCACCUACACUGGCAGCUAUGGCAUCAGCAGCACCGCGGCGACCCAGGCCGGCGCGGGCCACGUCUGGAUGUCCAAACAGCAGGCACCGCCACCUCCUCCGCAGCAGACCGCGCAGGCCCCGCAGGCCCCGCAGGCGCCCCCGCAGCAGCAGGCAGCGCCCCAGCAGGGCCAGGCGGCGCCCCCGCCGCAGCAGCCGGCGCACACGCUGACCACGCUGAGCAGCGAGCCAGGGCAGGCCCAGCGAACGCACAUCAAGACCGAGCAGCUGAGCCCCAGCCACUACAGCGAGCAGCAGCAGCACUCGCCGCAGCAGAUCGCCUACAGUCCCUUCAACCUCCCGCACUACAGCCCUUCCUACCCGCCCAUCACGCGCUCGCAGUACGACUACACAGACCACCAGAACUCCGGCUCCUACUACAGCCACGCGGCCGGCCAGGGCUCCGGCCUCUACUCCACCUUCACCUACAUGAACCCCGCGCAGCGGCCCAUGUACACCCCAAUCGCCGACACCUCGGGGGUGCCUUCCAUCCCGCAGACCCACAGCCCCCAGCACUGGGAACAACCAGUCUACACACAGCUCACCAGACCUUGAGGAGACCUUAACAAAGGGCAGCCAUAGAGAUGGUCAUCAAAACCACCGAAGAAAUCAAUGAACAGCCAGAAUUUCCUUUGGACCUUUGUUUUUCUUCUUCCUUAAAGACAUUGAAGUAGAAGGCGACUCGCAUCCAGAAUCCAAGACAGAAACUCUGUAUCCAAAUGGAUCAUCAACUUGUAGCGAAGCAGUGGCCAGGCCCACCGCUCCGCCAGGUGGACCAGCAGGAUUGGCAGGAGCCUGGACUUGGAAACCUUCAGAGCCAGUGUGAGGUGGAUGGAGACUCGUGUGACCCACUUGCUCAAUCUCUCUGCCUUUUUGGACUUUGUAAUUAUUUUUUAGUAGUAAUUAAAGAAAAAAAGUCCUCUGUGAGGAAUAUUCUCUAUUUUAAAUAUUUUUAGUAUGUACUGUGUAUGAUUCAUUACCAUUUUGAGGGGAUUUAUACAUAUUUUUAGAUUAAAAAAAAUUAAAUGCUCUUAUUUUUCCAACAGCUAAACUACUCUUAGUUGACAGUGUGCCCUAGCUUUCUUGCAACCAGAGUAUUUUUGUACAGAUGUGCUUUCUCUUACAAAAACAAACAAAAAAAAACACAAAAAAAAACACAAAAAUCAAAAAAAAGUGUUGUUUUAACAUAAAGAAAAACAGAGUUGUGUUUCGGGAUGGGUUUGGGGGGUUAGCUUUGCUUAAUUCCUCAGGCUUUCUGAUUCAAGAAGGAGCUGCCUUACAAAAGAAAAGGCCUUACUUUGCAAAUAUGAAAGUAAGCAAUAGUCUAGAGAAGCAUUUGGUACGCUUUAUCAUAUAUAUAUAUAUUUUUAAACAAGAAAAAAACACCUUGAGCCUUAAAACCGUGCUGCUGGGAAUUAUUUGCGCUAACUUUUAGUGCAUGUCUCCAGCCUUUGCUUGACACACUGCAGUCUUCAGAAGCAAAAGGCAAGCAAAGGAGACGAAAUCUGUUUUGGGACUGUUUCAGCAGUCAAUAAGUGCCCCAGCCACUGUCCCCUGGUUGCCUCCUGGCACCAUGUGGUGUGCAGAUGCUGGAGACCCCUAGCUCGGACUGUCACCUGUGCCUCUCUGAACACCAGCAGUUAACCUUCCAGACAUUCCAUGUGCUAAAAUUAUUUAUUUUGUAAGGAGAGGUUUUAAUUAAAAAAGAAAAAAAAAACUUCCUCUUUUUUUUUUUUUUAAUUUACUUUCUUUAAAAUAGGUUGUUGGAGCCUUCCUCAAAGGGUAUGGUCAUCUGUUGUUAAAUUAUGUUCUUAACUAUAACCAGUUUUUUUUUUAUUUAUCUCUUUAAUCUUUUUUGUUUAUUAUUAAAAACAAGUUUCUCUGGA